AUUGUCCCGCGUUCCACCCCCAACCGAGCCGCCAAACCUUCGUUCCACAACAACAGGUCCGCUGGAAACUUUGCCUUUUUUUGCGGCUCGGGGAGCGGGAGGCCGACAUGAGUGCUGAGGACGACGCGACGCAAAACGUCUGCGUGACUCUCCGUAACCUGCUCAACUCCGUCCAGUGCGUCACGGGCCGGGUUCGAGACGGAGAGUCCAACGAGUCUGACGGAGACUUCAACCUCUCCAACUUUUGGGACACUUUGAACCAGGCGGUGAAGGCAGUGUCUCAGGAAGCCACCAAAGUCAGCCUCGUCUUCUCCAAGCCGCCGCUCCCGUCACAGCAGGAUGGCGAGCAGCUGGCCGACUCCGUCCUCAAGAGCGUCCUCAGCCUCUCCACCGUUUAUUACUGGCUUCCCAAGAGCCAAGGUGUCAGUUUGCGUCAGCAAGUCCGAGACGCCACCGUGCAGGUUCUGGAGGGGUUGACGCAGCUCCUGGAGGUCAUCCUCAGUUCGCCACUACAAAGUCUGACUCAAGAGCAGUUGACGUCAACGGGAGGCGUGUGGGCAGCGUGUGACCGCUUUACCCACCUACCUCAAGACAAUAAGGCUGCGGUGCUGCUGGUUCUAACCGGUCAGAGCGGCAUCGUGAAAGACGCCAUCGAGGAGUUGGAGCAGGCGUUGUCCGAGGCCCACGAUCCAUUCGGCGACGUCCUGGGCGACGAGGAGGAUGGCGAGGAGCCGCGGGGCAACCGCGACACGUACUGGUCGGAGCGGGACCGCCGCGUGGUGGCCGCCUGCCGGGGGAUGAUGAAGGCGGCCGCCGCCUGCCUGAGGAAAAUGACGGCGGCCGUCAGGGUCCACGGGGACGCCGACGCGCCACAGAGGGUGGCGCAGCUGGACGACCUGGUAGACGGCGUCAAGGAAAUCAGCCCCCAAAUUGACGACCUGGCGUUGUGUCUCUACCCACCUGUGGACUACAACAGUGUGGAGAACGAUGUUUCUAAACUGGCUGCGCUGUUGAAGAAAGUUCUCGCCAUCAUUCGGUCCAGUCACAUCUGCGGUGAGGCCGAGCUAACCUGGGUUCAGUUCUUGGACGGAGCCGUGGACCACAACCUGCAAAAAGCCAAAGAUCUUAUUCGGCUGGACAGUUAGUGUGUGUGUGUGUGUGUGUGUGUGUGUGUGUGUAACAUUUUCACUCUUGAGUGGAAGGCAUCGUUUAUGAUCAUCUGCUUCACGUUUCACUUUGAGGUUUGAUUAUUUUUGGGCCUCCUACAAUUUGCUAAGUUUCUUUGUCCGCCGAAUAAACUGCUUUUCAAAAACUCA